AUGCGGUAUACUCUAGGUCAAAUGAUGUCACCGUCAGGCGCUGGAGUGGUGUCACACUUGAACAUCACCAGAACUAGAGUGGAAGAUGGCGGUUUGUACUCCUGCGUGGCUAUAGAGGGGGAUUCCAGCGCUGUGCACAUAGCUAGGAUUGAUAUUUAUGGACCACCAUACAUCAGGACUCUGCCACCCAUAAAAGUGCAGAGUGGCGAACCACUUAAACUCAGAUGUCCAUACUAUGGAUAUCCUAUAAGCAAACUAGACUGGGAACACAAAGGGAAAAGGAUAAUCAGCACCAACCUGCCCCAGCACAGUCGAUACAAACGCACUGGCAACGUCAAGAGGAGACGCAGGAAACGGCAGAUAUUCGAGCCGGGCGAAGACGGGGUUUUGAACAUAGCUAAAGUGGUGAAAGAGGAGAAUGGGGACACGUAUACUUGUAUAGUGUACAGUCCUUCAGGAGAGAUGGCGAGAAGGUCCUUCGAGAUUCAAGUGGUAGAAGCUCCAGAGCUGGAUGAACUAAGAGUUGGAUCAGGUUUGAAAGAAGGUCAGAUUGUACAAAUCACAUGCAACAUCAUAAGUGGAGAUCCUCCCAUUUACUUUUCCUGGUUGAAGGAUGGGAAAAAGAUUCCUGCUAAUUUAAAGAUCACGGAGCGUAGCGCAGAGCUAUUUAGCGUGUUAAUAAUAAAGCGAGUUGCACUCGAACACUGCGGGAAGUAUACGUGCAUAGCCACGAACCACGUUGGAAAAGUUAACCAGACUGCAGACCUGUUUAUAAAUGUGGCACCAAAGUGGAUAGACGAGCCUACAAAUACAUCGUUGCUGUUGGGCCAACGUGGCAUCGUCUACUGCAAUGCUAACGGGUAUCCUAUGCCUCAGAUACAUUGGAUGAAGAGAGAUGCAACCCUAGGAAUUUGGAGACCAGUGCUAGACUUGGCUGGUGGUGGAGUGAUGAGCUACCCAAAUGGAACCCUCAUCAUCGAAGUGGUAUCGCUGACUGAUGAAGGAAUGUACGCUUGCAACGUUGAGAACGGAGUUGGUGAUGCACUGAACAAGAAUUUGUGGAUAAGUGUAAAUAAGCCGGUGCAUUUCGAGUCUGUGGGUUCGAAUUUGACGACGAAGAUGGGGUUGCCAGUAACGUUGACUUGUCGACCUUUGGGGGACAGCCCGAUCAGGGUCAAAUGGAGCUUGGACGGGAAGCCGGUGGACUUUACUUCUUCAAGAAUAACGGUUUCCGAGACUUUAACCCACAAUGGUUUGAAAAGCAUCAUCAGUAUAAGCUACGUGGAAAGCAGAGACGGGGGCUCGUACGAGUGUCGAGCGAGCAACCCGUACGGUGUCGCCACCUAUGGCAUCAACUUGAAUAUUCUUGAACCUCCCACUCCACCCCUGGAUCUUCAAGUAGACUCCGUCACCAGCAACUCAGCCAAGCUAUCAUGGCGGGACACCAUCAGUACCCAUGUCCAAUACUACACCAUGCAGUACACCACCACUGAUUUCAUGAUGUGGGACACGGCUAAAAGCAUCAAUAUUACCAGACAAGACAGUGACCUCCGCCAGAGUAUCGAGCUGAGGGAUCUUCAGCCAGCAGUCGACUACCGGGUGCGAGUAGCUUCUGGAAACCAAGUCGACCUCAGCCCAUACACUCAGCCUGUACAUUUUACUACGCAGCAAGAUGCGCCAUCUUCCACGCCACUAGGAGUACAAGUGCAACAAACAGACAUCCCUGGGGAGCUCCUCGUGUCGUGGAUCCCACCACCGAGGGAAAGCCACAACGGUCAACUGCAGGGAUACCACGUCAAAGCAGUCCCGAGGAUCAGUGGAGAAUCAGGACCAAACGACACGCAAACCAAAAUGGUGAAAGUGAUGUCGCGAAAAGGAAAACAAGAAACAACGCUGAGUGGGUUGUUGAAAAAUACUAGAUACGCAGUUACUGUGAGUGCCUUCAAUUCAGCUGGGAACGGACCAUUUUCUUUGCCAGUCUACCAAACUACUAGAGAAGGAGCUCCCGAACAUCCUCCGUCGGGAGUGGAAUGUCGUGGCGUGUCAUCAUCUUCUAUGCGAGUAUCGUGGCAACCGAUCGUGUCACCUGGCGCUUCUUUAUUGGGCUACUCUAUUUAUUAUGGGACUGAAGACAGUCCAUGGCAGAACGUCAGCACACUCCACACUGAGACGUACCUCCAAGCUCUGCUCAAGUACACCAAUUACACCGUGAAGGUGGCUGGUUUCUCCAAUUACGGCCUCGGACCUUUCUCGCUUCCUAUUGUCUGCACUACUCUGCAAGAUGUGCCCGGUCCACCAUCAGCCAUCAAAGUGGUCGUCUCAUCGUCCUCAUCUCUACUCGUUAGUUGGAGACGGCCGGACCAGCCGAAUGGAGAAAUUAUGUACUAUACGGUGUAUGCCAAGCCAGUGUCCAGUACCAGUGCCCCCCAAAGCUACAGAGUGGAAGCGAACCAAGAACAGUCCAAACAGCUGACGUUCCCACUUACUGGGCUACAGGCUGGGAAGCAGUAUGAGGUGUUUGUGAGGGCCCAUACUUCUGCUGGGGAGGGCUCGCCGAGCAGCAGGGUCCAUGCCGAGCUGUCUUCUAGAGUGGUAGCCGGUGUCGCGUCUUUAGGCGGACCCAUCUCAGUAGGCGUGGGUAGCUCCUUGCUACUUGUCUGCCAAUGUGUGGGAGUACCACCACCACGGACCGUGUGGUACCACAAGCACAACAUCAUCACCCACCACCCGCGGUUCACGAGGAACCAUGAUGACAGCCUGCUUAUCAAUAUCUGCCAGUGCGUGGAAGUACCACCACCUUGGACUGUGUGGUACCACAAGCACAACAUCAUCACCCACCACCCGCGGUUCACGAGGAACCAUGAUGACAGCUUGCUUAUCAAUAACAUAGACCAAUCCCUCAGCGGUAACUACACCUGCCUAGCCAAGAACCUCUACGGUUCUGACUCGGUGUCGUACGCUGUAUCAGUCCUGCCCACGCCUGAUGCGCCGACCGUGAGGGUGGUGGCACACAAGAACUCUUUGCAGCUACGAUGGGAUCCGCCAAGGAAAGUGGGUGGGAAGACGCAGAGGAUAAUCCUGCCCACGCCUGAUGCGCCGACCGUGAGGGUGGUGGCGCACAAAAACUCUUUGCAGCUACGGUGGGACCCGCCAAGGAAAGUGGGUGGGAAGACGCAGAGGAUAAACUACAAUUUGACCUGGAAAGAAGCCAACGGCUCCUGGCAAGACGCCUGGACAAACAAAGGGACAUCUCUGCAAGGAGUUCAAGAGUACACACUUCAAGGGCUGAAAUGUGGCACGAAAUAUUCUAUCAGGAUGACGGCUGCCAACAGUGUGGGGUCGUCCCAACCUGCGUAUGUUGACGCUACUACUUUGGGAGGAGGUAACGCAUUGUUCUUUAAGAAAUUCUUAUGUAAAUAUCUAUGCUAA